AUGGAUGGGAACAAUGAAAAUCGCACUCGUCGCAGCCGCCGCAAGGGUUCACCUCUGGUGACCCUAUCAUCAUCCGCUGCACCGGCGGCGGGCUACACGGAGGAGCAUGUUGGUAUCGUGAAGCACAUAAUGACUAAGACAAAUGAUUAUUAUCAAAUUUUAGGUAUACAAAGGACCUGCACAAACGAUCAAGUUUGCAAAGCCUAUAAAAAGAUUUAUCUGAAAAUUCAUCCCGACAAGAAUCACGCACCAGGUGCCAACAAAGCAUUUCGGCUUGUAAACAAAGCAUAUCAGUGUCUGAGUGACCAGAAGAAACGAAAAAAGUAUGACCUCUUGGGCAGAGAGGACGGGACUCAAGAGGAAGACAGAGGUCGGAUUCUAAUAAAUCUGGUUUUCGAGUUUCUCGCAACCAUUCUUUGGGGAUAUCCAUUCUUUUUUUGGAUUUCCAUUCGGGCUGGGCCCUAG